CUUGUCUGUGUCCGUGACGGUUGCUAUCAAUAAAGUUGUUGUUCUGCCAACAUGGCGGCAACCAUGGUGCCUGGUCGGGCCGUGUUCGCCUAAGGUCGGAACCGAGGCGUAAGGAGCCGCAGGCUAGAUCCUGUGAGCAGGGCCAUCCCACCUUCUGAAGAAUGGCUUCUGCUUGGCAGAGACUGGGUUUCUAUGCCUCUCUUCUGAAAAGGCAGCUAAAUGGUGGGACAGAUGUCAUCAACUGGGGAAGGAGGGCGAUUCUAGGAUGUACAAGAGGUAUUUACAGUGCCACGGGAAAGUGGACGAAAGAGUAUACAUUGCAGACAAGAAAGGAUGUCGAGAAAUGGUGGCAUCAACGAAUAAAAGAACAGGCCUCCAAAAUUUCAGAAGCUGAUACAUCAAAGCCCAAGUUUUACAUGCUUUCCAUGUUCCCUUAUCCUUCUGGCAAGCUGCACAUGGGCCACAUGCGUGUGUACACCAUCAGCGACACCAUUGCACACUUCCAGAGGAUGAGAGGCAUGCAGGUCAUCAACCCCAUGGGAUGGGACGCCUUUGGACUGCCUGCCGAAAACGCUGCGAUUGAGAGGAACCUGCAUCCAGAAAGCUGGACGCAAAGUAAUAUUAAAUGCAUGAGGAAACAGCUGGAUCGCCUGGGCCUGUGUUUCAGCUGGGACAGGGUGAGUCGACUCUUUUUCCUGGAGGAAAUAACUACGUGUUUGCCAGAUUACUACAAAUGGACUCAGUACCUCUUUAUUAAACUCUAUGAAGCUGGACUAGCCUAUCAAAAGGAGGCCUUGGUUAACUGGGACCCAGUGGAUCAAACAGUGCUUGCCAACGAGCAGGUGGAUGAACAUGGCUGUUCAUGGCGUUCUGGAGCGAAGGUGGAACAGAAGUACCUCAGACAAUGGUUUAUUAAGACAACCGCUUAUGCAAAGGCCAUGCGGGACGCGCUGGCGGACCUUCCGGAAUGGUAUGGAAUAAAAGGCAUGCAGGCCCACUGGAUCGGGGACUGUGUGGGGUGCCAUCUGGACUUCACGUUAAAGGUCGAUGGGCAAGUCACAGGAGAGAAGCUGACCGGCUACACGGCCACCCCCGAGGCCAUCUAUGGCACGUCCCACGUCGCCAUCACUCCCAGCCACAGACUCCUGCGCGGGCACAGUGCCCUGAAGGAAGCCUUUGAGAAGGCACUCGUCCCUGGCAGAGAUUGCCUCACCCCCGUGAGGGCUGUGAACAUGCUCACCCAGCAGGAGGUUCCUGUCAUUAUCUUGGCCAAAGCUGACUUUGAGGGCUCUCUGGAUUCAAAAAUAGGAAUUCCCUGCACCAGCGCAGAGGACACCCUCGUAGCACAAACCCUGGGCCUAUCCUACUCUGAAGUCAUUGAAACCUCGCCAGACGGCACGGAGAGGCUGAGCGGCUCUGCUGAGUUCACAGGUCUGAGCCGGCAGGAUGCGUUUCUAGCCGUGACUGAGAAAGCUCGGAGGAACAGAGUGGGUGGGCACGUGACGAGCGAUAAACUGAAGGACUGGCUGAUCUCGAGGCAGCGGUACUGGGGCACGCCGAUCCCCAUGGUCCACUGCCCGGCCUGCGGCCCCGUGCCUGUGCCCCUGGACGACUUGCCCGUGACCUUGCCCAGCAUCACAUCCUUCACUGGCAAGGGAGGCUCCCCGCUGGCCUCGGCUCUGGAGUGGGUGAAUUGCUCCUGCCCUAGAUGCAAGGGAGCAGCCAGGAGGGAGACAGACACGAUGGAUACCUUCGUGGAUUCGGCUUGGUACUACUUCAGAUACACCGACCCUCAGAACACCCACAGCCCUUUCCACCCGGCCUUGGCAGACUACUGGAUGCCUGUGGACCUCUACGUCGGGGGGAAAGAACAUGCUGUCAUGCACCUGUUCUACGCGAGGUUCUUGAGCCAUUUUUGCCAUGAGCAAAAAAUGGUCAAACACAGGGAGCCUUUUCAUAAGCUGCUAGCCCAAGGCCUUAUCAAGGGGCAGACAUUCCGCCUACCGUCUGGGCAGUAUCUUCAGAGAGAGGAAGUAGAUCUCACAGGUUCUGUUCCCGUCCACGCCAAAACCAGAGAAAAGGUGGAGGUGACGUGGGAGAAGAUGAGCAAGUCCAAGCACAACGGCGUGGAGCCCGAGGCGGCCGUCGAGCUGUACGGCAUCGACACGGUGCGGCUCUACCUGCUCUUCGCCGCCCCUCCUGAGAAGGACAUCUUGUGGGACACGAAGACCGACGCGCUCCCCGGCGUGCUGAGGUGGCAGCAGCGCCUUUGGGCCUUGGCAACCCGGUUUAUUGAAGCCAGGACUUCCGGGACGGUUCCCAGGCCUCUGCUGCUGAGUGACAAGGAGAAAGCCGAAGCCAGGAAGCUCUGGGAGUUCAAGAACUCGGUCGUCUCUCAGGUGACCGCCCAUUUCACAGAGGACUUCUCUCUGAAUUCUGCGAUUUCUCAUCUCAUGGGACUCAGCAGCGCCCUCUCGCAAGCUUCUCAGAGAGUCGUCCUUCACAGCCCCGAGUUCGAGGAUGCUCUGUGCGCCCUGGUGGUGAUGGCUGCUCCCAUGGCCCCUCACGUGACCUCCGAGCUCUGGGCAGGCCUGGCACUGGUGCCAAAGAAGCUGUGCACCCACUACGCCUGGGACACCGGUGUGCUGCUUCAGCCGUGGCCAGCUGUGGACCCGCAGUUCCUGCAGCAGCCCGAUGUCGUGCAGAUGGCAGUUCUGAUCAACAACAAAGCCUGCGGCGAGAUCCUCGUGCCCCAGCACGUCGCCCGGGACCAGGACAAAGUCCACGAACUUGUUCUCCAAAGCGAGCUGGGCGUCAGGCUGCUGCAGGGGCGAAGCAUCAAGAAGGCCUUCCUGUCCCCCAGAACCGCCCUCAUCAACUUCCUGGUGCAGGACUGACCACAGGGGGCUGCGGCCGCCAUGGGGGACGUCCUUCCAGGCUGGGGACAAAGGGGAAGAAGAUGCUGGUCCAGGGGCAGGGAAAAGACAAAUGUCUUCAAUGUUUACCCCCGGACCCUGGCGGACUGGCAUCGACGCUGGGCCGCUGUGCGGUGGUCUGCCGCGAGGUGAAGGUGGGUGUGGGCAGAGGAGAAAUACGGGCGAAAAGGAGGGGAGGGCAGCCUGUGCACCCCCACCCCACUGCAGGCUGGAGGGACCCAGCCGAUCGAUCCCAUGCGAAGCCACCGGAGAUACUGCUGGGUGGGAGCGUGAAGGAGAAGAGGGAAGCAAGUGAAAUGAAGGGGAGCUUGCCCCUCGAGCCACCUGGGUGCUCUGGAUCCCACAAAUUGAGGCACACCCAGGAACACGAGG